CCACACCCCUCAAAAUUGACAACAAAUCUUGUCGAUCUCGCUCGCUGGCUUUUUAAAAUCAAUAUUAUUUAUAGGGAAAGUCCAGUGUCGUAAUGAAGUAGCAAGACAAAUGUUUCAAAAUUUAAAUUUUCAUCGCAGUGAUAAUGGAGAAGACAAGUGGCCAAAAACCUCCAGCAGCAGACGAUGAUGUCGGUGACGACGAGGAAAUAGACAGCUCUGAAGAAAUCGAGCCAAAACUCAAGUACGCGCGCAUCACCAAUGAUCUGCAAAACAUCCUCUGCAAAGAUGCCGCGAGCAGCAUUGCCGUGCACCCGAAAUUCCUCUGCAUCGGCAGCCACUGGGGGGCGUUGCACCUGUUCGAUCACCAGGGCAACAGCGUCCGGUCGCAUGAGCUGCAGAUGCACUCGGUUGAAGUGAACCAGAUCAGCAUCGACGAACACGGGGACCACAUAGCCAGCUGCUCAACCGACGGCAAGGUGUACAUCAACGGCUUUUACUCGAACGAGAACGCACAGAAAAUCGACCUGGACAGCUGUGUGAAGUGCGUAGCCAUCGACCCACUGUACUACAAGAGCAGCUCCGGCAAAAGGUUCAUCACAGGAGACCAAAGACUGAUGGUGCACGAGAAGACGUUCCUCUCGAGACGUUCCACUCUUCUGGCCGAGGCCGAGGGCUCCGUAAACAACAUCAAAUGGUGCGGCCGUUUCGUGGCGUGGGCCUCGUCAGUCGGGCUGCGCGUGUACGACAUCGAGGCGCGCUGCUCGCUCGGGCUGAUCAAGUGGCCCAAGAGCCCAGAUGCGCACCCCGAACGCUUCAGGUGCAACCUCUUCUGGAAGGACGUGCACACCCUCCUGGUCAGCUGGGUUGACUCGGUGAGGGUGUUUCUCGUGCGGAGGAGGAAUCCCGCCGAGGUGGCCGAAAACAGAGACCUGCCCGACUACAAAGUGGAGCAAAUCUACCAAUUCAGAACGGACUUUUACCUCUGCGGCAUCGCCCCGCUGGACACCCACCUGGUGCUCUUGGGCUACCCAAAGGAGAGGGACGAGGAUGGCAAAGCGCAGCGGCCGCAGCUGUACGUCGUUGAGCCAAAGGUCGGGGGCGACUACGACGAGCUGAGCACCGACUGCCUGUCGCUGCGGGGCUACCAGCAGUACUCCUGCAACGACUACCACCUGGACUGUCUCGUUGAGGAAAAUCGAUUCUUCAUCGUCAGCCCCAAGGACGUGGUGGUCGCGAGUCCGUACGACGUCGACGACCGCAUCCAGUGGCUGAUCGAGCACGAGAGGUACGAGGCCGCCAUGGAGGUGGUCACCAACGCCGACAAGAAGGAGCUGCGGCGGCACACGCUGAUCGACGUCGGACACUCGUACAUCGACUACCUGCUGAGCAAAGCGUGUUACAAUGAGGCUGCCAUGUUGUGCGUCAAGAUUCUUGGGCAGGACCAGAAACUGUGGGAAGAGGAAGUAUUCAAAUUCGCCAGACACCAACAGUUGAGGGCCCUCAGUCCGUACCUGCCCAGAGGACAAACUCACGGCACGAUCAAACUGAACCCACACGUGUACGAAAUGGUUCUCUACGAGUAUAUUAAGACGGACCACAAAGGAUUCCUCAAUCUGGUCAAAGAACUGCCCUCUUCACUAUAUAAUUUGCCUGCCAUAGUCAACGCCGUGAUGGAGCACCUCUUACAAAACAAGCCUCACGAGAGAAAAGAAGAGAUGCAAGAACUGCUGGAGGCGUUGGCAAUCCUCUACCUGCACCAAAAAAAGUUCAGCAAAGCCUUCUGCAUGCUAGUCAAGCUGAAAAACGUGGAGGUUUUCGCGUUGAUCAAGCAGCACAAGCACUACGACUGCCUGCUCGACAUCGCUGUCCAGCUGAUGGAACUGGACGCCAGCAAGGCGACGGCGCUCUUCCUCGAGCAGAACAAAGUGCCGCCGUCUGCCAUCGUGCCCGUGCUUGAACAAAACAAGUAUUUGCUGUUCCUCUACCUGGACGCCCUGGAGAGGCGGGAUGGAAAAAGUGCCGGCAAGAAGUUCCAGCACCUGCUGGUCGAGCUCUACGCCGAGUACGCCAAAGACAGACUGCUUUCCUUCCUGCGCCACGGCGACCAGUACCCGAUCGAGACGGCCCUGGAGAUUUGCCAGAAGCGCAAGUUCUACCCUGAGAUGGUGUACCUGCUCGGCAGAAUCGGCAAGACGAGAGAGGCCCUGGCGUUGAUCGUCGAGGAGCUGCAAGACAUCCGUCAGGCGGUCGAAUUCUGCAUGGAGCACAACGACCAGGAGCUCUGGGAGGAAAUGAUCGAGAAGACCGUGCAGAAGCCAGAGUUCGCGUCCUACCUGCUGGAGAAGACUGGCACGUGCAUUGAUCCGCAGAUGCUGAUCAAACGCAUCGAAAAUGGCUGUAGUAUUCCCGGCUUGAAGAAGUCGCUAGUGAAGCUGCUCUGUGAUUAUCAACUGCAGGUGUCUGUCCAGGAUGGCUGCAAGAAGAUCCUCGUUGCCGACUACUUUAAUCUGCACAAGAGACAGGUGGCUUUGCAAAUGCGCGGCGUGCACGUGCCCGAAGACUGCCUGUGCGCCGUCUGCUCGCGGCCGUGCAUCGUCAAGAAUCCCGGCCACGGUGACGGGCUCAUGGUUUUUUACUGUCGCCACAGUUAUCAUGAACAGUGCUUGUCCGGAAAUAUCAGUUGCAUCGUUUGCCAACCUACACGCAGACUUCUCAGGCCUUAGUUGCGCUGAACGCUUAUAUGGUCGUCAUUAAUUUCCAAAUCGUGUCGAAGAGGGAAACGGGGGGGUCAAUUUAUUGAACGCAAAUUGUAUUUCUAUAUAUGAAUUAUAUCAAUGCUCAUUUUUGUAUCAUUGACUUUUUACCGACGUUGUUAAUUGCUAUAAAUAUAGGAGAAUAAAUAAUGUAUCUAAUAUGCCAAUGCUGAACAA